GGCCUUAAACUUUUCCAUAUCUGUAAUCUCUCUUUUGUUCUCUAACACAUUCAGCGAUAUCUUUUGUUGUUUAUCUUCUUAAGUCUCAACGAUCCUUUCACAGAAUAGUAGAAAAGCGAAAAAGAUUUUAGAAUAAUUAAGAUGGACAGUCUUACGCUCACCGGAUUAUUGAAAAAUAUCGCCGGAGAGUUCUCUAACCGGCGAGCGGUGUCAAUUUCUGGCAAGUUUGAUAUGACGCACUCUCAACUCCAUGAACUAGUGGAACGCGCCGCGUCUCGCCUUGUUGAGGCAGGGAUAAAGCCUGGCGAUGUUGUUGCUCUUACUUUUCCUAAUACUAUCGAGUUUGUCCUAAUGUUUUUGGCCGUAAUCCGAGCUCGAGCCACGGCUGCACCGCUUAAUUCAGCCUACACCGCCGAGGAAUUCGAGUUCUACCUAUCGGACUCGGAGUCGAAGCUCUUAUUGACCCCACCAGAAGGCAACAGCUCAGCUCAAGCUGCAGCCUCUAAGCUCAACAUUCGUCAUGCCACAGCUUCACUAUCAGGAACCGAUUCGGAAAUUUCUCUUUCGCUUCCUGGGUCAGGCGCUAUCUCACUGGCACAGCUCACUAACGAGCCAUCCGACGUGGCACUCUUCCUCCACACGUCUGGCACAACAAGCCGACCCAAAGGAGUGCCAUUGACUCAACUCAAUUUGGCUUCUUCUGUUCGAAACAUAAAGGCAAUAUAUAAACUCACUGAGUCAGACUCGACUGUCAUAGUCCUCCCGUUGUUUCACGUUCAUGGAUUAGUGGCCGGAUUAUUGAGCUCACUCGGAGCCGGAGCCGCUGUAGCUCUUCCAGCGGCUGGCCGAUUCUCAGCUUCAACAUUUUGGCAAGAUAUGGUCAAAUACAAGGCCACUUGGUACACUGCGGUCCCCACUAUCCAUCAAAUCAUUCUAGAUCGCCAUUUUAAUAACCCAGAGCCCGUUUACCCGAAGCUUCGAUUCAUCCGGAGCUGUAGCGCGUCCCUUGCACCGGCUAUAUUGGCUAGACUUGAGGAAACUUUCGGCGCGCCAGUAUUGGAGGCAUAUGCAAUGACUGAGGCGACCCAUUUGAUGUCAUCAAACCCGUUACCGGAAGACGGGCCGCACAAGUCCGGGUCGGUGGGAAAACCCGUGGGCCAAGAGAUGGCUAUAUUGGAUGAAAAUGGCGUGCCACAGGCGGCAAAUGUUAGUGGCGAGGUGUGUGUGAGGGGUCCAAACGUGACUAGGGGGUACAAAAAUAAUCCGGAGGCAAAUAAGGUGUCAUUUCAAUUCGGGUGGUUUCAUACCGGAGAUCUCGGGUAUCUUGAUUCGGAUGGUUACUUGCAUCUGGUGGGUCGGAUUAAGGAGCUAAUUAACCGAGGAGGGGAGAAAAUAUCCCCAAUUGAAGUGGAUGCAGUUCUUUUAUCUCAUCCAGACGUUGUUCAAGCAGUUGCUUUCGGAGUCCCUGAUGACAAAUAUGGUGAAGAGAUAAAUUGUGCAAUAAUUCCUAGAGAGGGAACCAAGGUUGACGAGGCGGAGGUAUUGAGGUAUUGCAAGAAGAAUUUGGCAAGCUUUAAGGUUCCUAAGAAGGUGUUUAUCGCCGAUUCUCUACCCAAGACUGCAAGUGGAAAAAUCCAACGAAGAAUUGUAGCUGAGCACUUCCUUGCUCAAAUUUCUACUGCUAAAGUCCCCAAGUUUGGGGCGUAAGAACAAAUUUAGGCGAAGCUAUUAUGUUGUUGUAUCCCAAUUGUCACAUCUAAUUGGUGGAGGAUAAAUGAUCAUGUACUGUGUAAUUUGAUGAUUUAUGUAUAAUACCAUAUUAAUUAUUGUAGAGGCUUGGCUAAAUUUCGAUCGA